GUCUGCCUUUUUUGAUUAAUCUACACAUCUGUCUCUUCGAUAUCUUUCGCUAGUACACUUCUAUCUGUCAAUCAACUUUCGAGUAUAUCGUCAAAGUCAACUGCACCAACAAACCAACCCAUCCAACCAACCAACAAACCCAACAUACAAAAUGGUUUCCCAAUCCACAACUUUCACCACCACCUCCUCCCUCCUCAACCGAGGCCGCGGCGGCUACAACGGCCCCAACACCUCUUCCUCAGACGACGAAGACUCCCGCUCCUCCUCUUCCAUUUUCACGAACGCCGGCCGAGGCGGCUACAACGCCCCCCUCGUCGACAGCGGCCGCGGGGGCUACAACCGCGGCGACGACGACGAGGAGGAGGAUGGUCGCGGGGGCUACAAUUAAAUUAAAAUGCCAAAACAAAAAGCAAAAUCCUCCGAUACCGAGCGUCUGGCUCGGGUAAAGGGGGGAUACGAGAGGCGAGGCGAGAGGCGAGGCGGUCUACUUUUGGAAUAUUGGAAGGUUUAUUAUUUUUCGGUUGGCGAUUGGAUUGGAUUGGAUUGGCGGCAUUUGAGCGAGCGAGCGAAUGAGUGAGCGAAUUGGGAUUGAUUGCAUUGCGGCAAAGCGACGAGCGAUGGAAUGGAUGGAAUGGGCAGCAGCAGCAGCAGAUGAUAAUC